AUGCGCUUGUUAGUCGCACAUUGGACAUCUAAGCUAAAUCAUGGCCGGCUUUGUUCAAGGUGCAUACUUGUCGCAGGCUUCAGAACUUCCCAAGAUGUGAUUUUCCCCCAAAAUUUAUCUUCACUAAGGAUCUGGGAUUCUAGGAAACUCAAGCCUCUAGCAAGGUGGGGCUUACAGAGACUAACCUCUCUCGGAGAAUUUUCUGUCUGGCGCGGAUUUCAAGAACUGGAAUUUCUUGGUGACGAUGACGGUCGCUUUCCUCGUUCUCUAAUAAAGUUUUCUAUUGCUAGAUUUCCAAAACUCUCUAAGGUUAUUGAAAACCUCACCUCUCUGCAUCACCUAUCAAUCACGAAUUGUACAAGCCUUAAUGUUUUGCCGAGUGAAAACCUGCUCGACAAGCUUUGGCAUCUAGAGUUGAGUGACUGUCCCCCUCUGAAACAGCGGUGUCUCAAAGGGGAUUAUUGGAACAAGAUAGCUGGAAUUCCUUGUGUCGAAUUAGACGGCACUUACAUUUACAGAUAG